CAUUCAGCCCUGAGAAGCUGCAGGCGGGGAUUGUUUAUCCCAGAGAAGACGCACUGAUUGCUGCUUCCCAGCAAAACGCAGCAGACUCGCUGAGAUGAAGCUGCUUUUCUUUUGCACGGUGAUGGUGCUGACCGCCACCAAAGGUCCUCUGCAUGCUUGGCCAGACCCCACCAGAGGUGGCUCUGGAGUCAAUUUGAAUGGGAAGAUGUUCACUUUGGGUGGUUAUAAUGGAGGAUUAGUCAUCUAUUCACCUUAUCAACCUUCCCCCUGGGCGACUCCAACAUCUGACCCAACCAGCAGUUACACCUCCGGCUACUACUCCACCUCCACUCCCAGCUACACUGAAACAAACACAGGCAACACAGAAACGUCUGCCCCGUUCACAGCCACAAAAGCUUGGACCACAAAACACACCACCCCAAAACCCACCACCCCAAAACCCACCACCAGACAUCACACACCUUCAUGGACCACCGGUCCUCCAACUAGAGGUUUCUCAGUGUGUUUGCGGUACAUUACCGACUCUCAGGGCGGCUCCAUCUUCACCCUCAGCCCAUCCAGUUCCCGUAUUAGGCUGGAUGUCAAUGGAAUCGCAUACAUGCUGAGCACCAAUGGCUACAACAAUGUGUACUUCACACCCAAUGUCAGGUUCUGGUCCGGUCUGCAGCCCACCAUGUGGACCAGCGUCUGCAUCACUGUGGACAACGUGAAGGGUGUGGCUCAGAUGUUCAGAGACUCAACCAUGAGCAUCAGGAAGCUGCUGGAUAAUUAUAACACAUGGUCAGGUGAGCCUGUGAUUGAUUUCUCAGGCUUUGAAGGUCAGGUGACCGACGUCCAGAUGUGGGAUUAUCCUCUCCGUUAUAAAGAAGUCUUCUACUACAUGAGCAGCGGUUACUACGGGCAAUACAUGGGCUCCGUGCUCAACUGGUCCUACAUCAGCUACUCUCUGAGAGGGAAGACCCUGCUGGAGGACAGGUAUGAGCAGCAGCUCAGACAGCUGACCCGCAGGCGAGGACAUCACCUGAAGGGGGAGGAAAACACCAGGAAGAUUUUCCACAUCGAAGAGGAGAGCAAAGGAAGAAAGAGCUUUGAUUUUUAAUAAAAGCGAAACAGGGCAUCUUAUCUGAAUCUAUACAUAAGAGUAAAUCAAUAAAAUCUGCACUGAUCAAAAUGUUCACAUAAUCAUAUUAUGGGCUCAAUAGUAUUUUCUUCACAUUCAUUUUAGCCUUAAACUAUGAUAUAAUAAAGUGAUUUAUGGAAAAAAAAAUGUGUUGUUAGUAAAUUUUGUCCCUUUCAGAAUAACACUAUGCAGGUUGGUUGUUAAAAUAAAUAAGACCUAAGAGUUUUGCAGAAAUCUGUAGAAACUCAGCACAACUCUGCUGCUGUUUCAGGAAGUUUAACAAAAACAAAUCAUCAGCGGAACUUCGUCUACUAUCAUGAAAUUAUAUUAGUGCAAAAAUUAGUUGUUCUGCCUUGGAGACCAG